AUGGCUUCUAGAGGAGAUCGCACUACCGCAAUGCAAAACACCGCGAGGCCUUCAAUGGCGCCUCAGGGCUCUACAUCUACCGGCGGAGCGGUCAAGGCGAGACAAUUGACACACCUCCAUUCGCAGCUGGCGCAGCUCUCAGCUAACCUGGCGGACACGGAGAACCUCCUGCGCAUGACGAGUGUGCAGGCCGAGGCUAUGAGGGGGUUGGGGAGUUGGCAUGGUGGAUUGUUCAUGGCGGCGAGUAAGGUACUGGGUGAGGAGUCGGUGAAGGAACAGGCGCAGACGUCGCAACGAAAGAGUCGAUAG